AUGAGGACUCAAAAAGGGGAUAUGAAGACAAGCUUGAAGAAAGGUGCAUGGAGCCUUGAAGAAGAUCGUAUGUUGAUUGCAUAUAUCAAUAGAUAUGGCAUAUGGAAUUGGUCUCACAUGCCCAAAUAUGCUGGUUUGUUAAGAAGCGGGAAGAGUUGCAGGCUCCGAUGGAUGAACUAUUUGAAGCCGGACCUAAAGAAAGGGAUCAGCUUCUCUGAAGAAGAAGAACAAAGCAUACUCCAUUUUCAUUCGAUCCUAGGGAAUAGAUGGUCUGCAAUUGCAAGGAAACUUCCCGGAAGAAGUGACAACGAAAUUAAAAAUUACUGGCACACAAAUUUAAAGAAGCGUGUUGCAAGCAACCCUGUGAUCGAAGGAUCAAAGCAAAAGGACAAGAACAAGUCACCAUACUUUGAAUCUCAUAAUGUUGAGGAAACAAAGGAAGACCUAAAUAAUGCAAACGACAUCAGCAACAACUUUCACUUCUCAUGGACAUCCGAAGAUGAUAUUUCGACAUCCAGCGGAAGUCCUACUCAAGUCGAAUUUAGAGCAGAUAUCAGUUCACCAGGAACAGUUGAAGAUCUUCAAUGUUUUUGGAGAGAACUGGAAGACUUGGAUAUCAGAAAAUCUGAUCAAGAAAUGUUUCAUGACCACAUUUUCCAAUAUUCAUAUGACGAUACAAUCGCACCGUGGAGCUUCUACAAUGAUGAAUAUGAAAUCGCACCAUCAAGCGUUUAAAAUAAAAGUUAACAGUUUUAGAUCAUGAAAGUCUUGGGUUUAAAAUUUAAACCAU